AUGCUCGAGGACGACCCCAUCUUCGAGCCCGGCGUGGAGCGGCUGUCCACCUUUUUCGAGGGCGAGGAGGAGCCCAAGUACAUCAAGGUGUUCACGUCGCUCCCAUGGUUCGUCCUCGUCGGGUUCAUGUCGCUUUUCUUCGUGUUCGCGGACAACUUGGUCCUGGGAGCGACGCGCGGCGAGGUCUGGACCGCGGGGGCGAUUGCCGCGCAGGUGGCCAUCUGCGUCGUGCCGCUCCUAGUGUUCCUCACUGACGCCGUCGCCUCGCACUACAUCAGCGGGAAGCAGCGGGAGCUGCGCUCAGUCAUGGUCCUCGGCAUGGAGGCUUUGGCGCUCCUCGUGCCGACGAUCUCCCUGGCCAUCAACCUCGGCGUCACCUGGCGCGACGACCUCGUGAGCGGCACCGAGGACGUGGCCUCCAUCCGCACCGGGCGCAUCCAGCUGCUCCAGGGCGCGUUCGUCCUCGCCCUCAUCGUCGAGCCCCUGGUGAUCCUCAAGACGAUGAUCGUGGUGUGGCGGCAGCGCACCUGGCGCGACCUGCGCGGCGACGGCACCCAGCUCAUGCGCGCGCGGUUCGCCUUCAAGAUCCGCGAGCUGAUGCUGAUGCUGGGCGGCCUGACGCUGCUGCUGGUGAUGCUCGUGUCGUGGGGGCUCGCGCAGCGCUCGUCGAUACUGCGGACGCGCGCGAUCGAGUCGGUCAUCAAGCGCAUCAACGACGUGCCCCUGGGGGACGCCGCGGCGCUCGCGGCCCUCGGAGACGAUUUCAUGGAGGACGAGUGGCAGACGGGCCCGCACCGCCUGCUGGCCAUCACCAGCGGGACCGCGGUGUACGAAGUCAACGGCGGCGUGGCGGGGCGCGAGGACGGCGUCAUGACCGUCGUCGACGCAGCGCAGUCCACGUCCGCGGCGUUCGACACCGCGCCCUUCCUCGUCAACCUCGCCGAGUUCAUGGCCAUCCACAAGGUGGUGAUUUUGGGCUUCCUGGUGGUGUGGGUGGUCGGGAUGACGUGGGUGUCGGACGAGCUCGUGCUGAAGCCGAUCUGCAGCAUGCUCGCGUCGCUGACGGACCUCGGCGCGCGGCUCGACCAGCAGGGCCUCAUCAAGCACGGCGCCAACAGCGUGCGCUACAGCGUGGGGUCCGUGGGGGAGGCGGAGGACGCAGACGAGCUCAUGCCGCUCGAAGAGGCCCUGCGCCGCGUCGGAGAGACGAUCCGGCUCGUCUUCCGCGCCAACGAGCGCGGCAAGCUGGUCAUCACCCGCAUGAUGGAGGAGGCGGCUGCCGACGGCAACGAGCUCACGGACGUGGGCCUGGGGGACUGGGCGGGGAUGUACAUGGACGACCAGACGCGCGUCGACCGCACCACCGACAAGGUCGACGUGGCGAACGGCAUGGCUGAGGGCAACGGGCGCGCGCCCGCGAACGGCGCCCUGAGCGACAUGGUGUGGCCCGGGGGCAACGCACUGGUGCCCAACGGCAACGGCAACGGCAACGGCCACGCGGCGAACGGCAACGGCUCGACGAAGGGGGACAUGCGGCUGAAGGACAUCGACACGCCGGCGUUCGACGUGCUGGCGCUGCCCCCCUCGCUGCUCCCCUCGGCGAUCGUGCGCAUCUUCCGCACGCACGGCCUGCUGGUGCAGCACGACGCGCGGUGCCCGCACGAGGCGACGCUGCGCGCGCUGAUCGACGCGCUCAAGGGCAAGUACGACCAGAGCAAUCCGUACCACAACUGGCAGCACGCGGUGUCGGUGCUGCACAUCUGCCACCUGCUGCUGCUGGACUCGGCAGGGGUGCUGGGGUCGUGGACCACCGUGGAGAAGUUCGCGCUGCUGCUGGCCGCGCUGGCGCACGACGCGGGGCACACGGGCACGAGCAACGAGUUCCUGGUCAAGACGGAGCACGCGCUGGCCAUACAGUACAACGACCUGUCGCCGCAGGAGCAGCUGCACACGUCGGUGCUCUUCCAGCUGAUGCGCGAGCGACCCAACAUGGACGUGCUCGCGCGGUUCCCGAGCAAGGACCGCGUCGCCAUCCGCAGGAACAUCAUCGCCAUGAUCAAGGGCACCGACAUGAAGUCGCACUUCGACCUCACCGCGGGCCUCGAGGGGCUCGCCGAGGCGCUGGCCAGCAAGGCGCGGCGCGGCGCGGUGCCCUCGGACGACGUGCAGCGCACGGACCUGCUCACCGCGAUGCUGCACGCGGCCGACAUCGGGUACCUGUCGAUGUCCCGCGAGGUGGUGGCGCAGUGGACCACGCGCGUGGUGGCCGAGUUCUACCGGCAGGGCGAGAUGGAGCGCGAGCUCGGGAUCGGCCCGACGGUGCCCAUCUUCGACCGCCUCGCGGACUACGUCCCGGUCGGGCAGCUGGGGUUCCUCGACGCCGUGGUGCGACCCUUCCUGACCGCGCUGGUCAAGGUGGCGCCGUGGCACAAGUGGAUGCUCGAGGGGCUCGAGUCCACGUACGUCUACUGGCUCAACAUCAUCGAGUACCAGCGCCGCGACCUGCUCCGCAUCACGCACACGGGCGGCGGCCAGCCCGCCGGCAACGCACGCCAGUCCCUGGACAAGGGUGGGCGCCCCCGCGGGUCGGUCGACAUCCGCACGGGCCGCCCGUCGCUGGCGCUCAACCGCAUGGGCGUGCGGGCCUCGAUGGACCACGGCAAGACCACCGGGCGGCGCAGCGGCGCGUUUGCGCGAGGCGUCGCCACCACCGCGGGCAACAACACGACGGCCAGCAACGCGGCGCGCGGCAACGCACCGGACGGCAACGGCCGGAUCCCGAUCCCGCAGGCGGUGAUGCUCGACGUGAUGACCACGAGCGUGCACCGCAAGUCGUUCACCACCAAGAAGGAGUGGACCAACGCGCUCCCGGGCGCGGCCGACGAGGCGCCCAAGGCGGCGGCCUCGACCAUCGCGUCGAGCGCCCUGUUCGCCGACAACAGCGCCAACCCGAAGCGCCGCGGCCGGCGCGCCGCGGGCGAGGCGGACACUGGCCUGUCCACGGCCGGCUCGCUCCCGGAGGACGCCGGGCGCAUCUUCGCGGGCGCGGCCACGCCGACCCGCAACGGCCCGGGCGUCGCGAGCACCCCGGCGGCCGGGCGCGCCUCGGUGGGCGACCGCAGGGUCACGAUGGACCUCCUGCAGCACCAGGCCAUCAUCUUCCUCCCCACGGAGGGCAUCCCGGCGUCGGUGCUGGACAUGGACCUCGACGCCCUGCGCGACGCCAUGCGCCAGAAGGUCGAGAGCGUGGUCUCGGCCCUCGGGACCCGCGAGAGCCGCCAGAUCACCGGCGCGGAGUCGCCGGGCACCAGCCAGCGCGUCGAGAAGAGCGGCAAGAGCCUGUUCUCGCGCAGAAGGAGCAGCAAGGCGCUGACCGUGAAGGACAACGACAGUUCCAACGUCGUGUAG